AGCCAUCAAAUUACAGCAGUUCUUUUAAAUGACAGUUCAUUCGUUCGUUCAUUCAUUCCUGCUACCUGAAGUGACCACAUUGGACUUGUUUUUACCAUAAUCAAUCAGCAUAAGUACUGUUAUAGUACUUGACAGACAUGGCCGCUGGACAGGAGGAAGGCUGGCCUCUGGGUCUGCAGCCAUUGAAUGUGAGAGUAGGGUUGGUUAGAAACCAUGAUUUCUCUGGAUCAGUAUCAUUCAACACUCUACUCACUGGCUCCCCAACGUGCUCCACAGAUUCUUCCUCAUCGGAUUUGGACACAGAGUCUACAGGGUCUUUUUUCCAUGACAGGAGCGUCACGCUUGGGAGCCUUAUAGGCGUUUCCAGCAUUUUGGAGCUUUCUAGAAGAUCAAUACGGAGAAGAAAAACCGAACCCCUCAAGGAAAAGAAGAGCAGCAGCAAGCUGCCCAGAUCAUUAGGGUUUUUCUCUUUGUGCUUAAGGGACAGAACUGAUGGUAUGAGUGUGAAAAAUCCUUCAUCUCUUCGCCAUUUUCUUGCUGUGGAGAGAAAAACUUCAGCUGCUGCUGAUCAUGACGAAUAUUAUCAAAGGAACCAGAACCCUAUCAAUGGUAUUGGACCCGAAGAAUUACUUGGAUUGGCGCAGCCUGUUACAGAACCAAACUCACUUUUUGUUAAUGGUCGUGUUGCUCCUCCUCCUCAAACUAGUUCGGGUGCUAGUAAUUCAGAUGUCGGAAGGAGAAGAGAAAAGGGAGUACUAGAUCAUGAGCAUGGUGAUCAUGGGGUUGGAGUUCCUUCACUAUUUUCAUGCAUGUGUGGAUAAUCAACGGACUGAACAAGCAUGCAUGCAUGUGUGCAAAAUCCAUUUUUUAGCUCUCAAUUGUUGUCCUAGGAUGGAGUAAACUGCAUGCCUUGGAAAGAUAUGGAAACUAUUUUAAACCUCUUAAUUGGAUUUGCCCAAGACGUACGUACAAAGUGAUCAUAUGAGGAGUACUGCAUCGAUCUAUGAUAGUGAAAAUAUCAUUAAAAUUUUGAAGGGAAAAAGAAGAUUGUGAGAGAGAGAGAGAGAGAAUGAAUGAAUGCCAAUAGUAUAUCUUAUGCAUUAAAAAAAAUUUAAAUUUUAUUAUGGGAUUAAAAUUCUUAGUGUUCUUUGGCAAAAGGCCUAUACACCUUUAUUUUUUUCAGAUUGUUUAGAGAAAAUAUGAGUUUUGUUUCGUUAGUUUUUAUGGGUUUUAAUGGAAGUUGAACUUAAAAUAGGCUUGGGCCAACUUAAGACGAUGUGGGUCAUGAAUUGUGGUGGGAAUGGGCUAAACUCCAGAUGUAGAUACAGGAUCAAAAUGAUUGGAAUAAAUAAUUACAAAGGUGAGGGAGGACAGGGCAGAGGAUAUCACGUGCAUGGGGCAAGAUGAUGAGGAAUCAUGAAGCCCGUGAUGCAUGGAGACGCGUGAGCUUUAUGCCAGAGAGUCUCUUCUCCCUCCUCGAUCGUGAUGAGGAUGCAUCAGAGAAAUGCAGAACAAGACAGUAAUUAAGAAGGUUGUUGCCUGUUGGUGUGUUUCGUGGGUAGAAAAUAACGUCAACUGCCAUGCACUCAGUUUCGUGGGAGACUUGUGCAAGGCAUCGAUGAGAGGUGCCAAUGGCAAUGGCAAUGGAGACCCGAAGCGAGAAAAGUGGCUUUAUUUAUCAUAACAUACUUUUUGUUGUAUUCUAAAGUUUCA